AUGAGUGCGGUGCAGCCUACUACGGCAUCGCCGCUGCCCUCGCCAAUCCCACCAACAGCAGAUUUCAAGCAAGAUUCUCAACCUCAGCAAAACGAGAAAUCCGAAGGUGGAGAUGAAGAUACCACUUGUACAAACGCAGAGAACGAGAAAGCAGAAGAGCAAGAACUUGCUUCAUGGAAGCUGGUACUCUUGAGCAUUGCCCUCUGUUCGUCCUUAUUCUGUAUUUCCCUGGAUGGGACUAUCCUCGCAACCGCCAUCCCAAAGAUCACCAACCACUUCAACUCCCUCGACGAUGUGGCCUGGUACGGCAGUUCCUACCUCUUCACGACGUGUGCCGUGCAGUUGGUCUUUGGUGUCGCCGUCUUCGAAGUGGGUUCAUUGAUUUGUGGCACCGCCCCCACGUCGGCCGCACUCAUCGUUGGAAGAUCUAUCGCGGGAUUAGGAGCGGCUGGCAUUUUUACCGGCGCUAUCCUCAUCAUCGCAACGAAUGUCCCGCUGCGUCAACGUCCUAUCUACACAGCACUCCUGUCGAGCAUGCACGCUAUUGCUAGUGUUGCGGGACCUUUAUUGGGCGGCGUUUUCACCGACCACGUAACUUGGAGAUGGUGUUUCUAUAUCAACCUCCCGUUCGGUGGCAUGGCCAUUCUCUUCAUCGUUCUUUUUUUGCCAAGUACGACACCGCCUCAGAGCAAUUUCGGCUGGAAAGAGAAAGUAAAAGCUUUCGAUCUAAUAGGCACGUUUUUCCUGAUUCCGGGAGUUAUCUGUUUGUUACUCGCACUACAAUGGGGCGGGGCUAAAUAUCCCUGGGACAACGCUCGAAUCAUUGCUUUGUUUGUUGUAUUCGGUGUCAUGAUGGUGGUGUUUAUAGGGGUUGAGUUCUGGCAAAAAGAUAGGGCUACAGUUCCUCUACGCAUAUUGAAAGAUCGAAACAUCUUGGGCGCUGUAUGGUUCGGAGUUUGCAUGGGCGGGGCACUGUUCAUCUUCACAUAUUACCUCCCUAUAUGGUUUCAAGCCAUUCAAGGCGUCAGUGCCACCCAAUCCGGCAUCCGAAACCUCCCUAGUAUUUUAGGCCUUGUGGUCUUUUCCCUCAUCGGUGGUGGACUUGUUACGGCAGUCGGCUACUACACUCCAUUCCUGAUCCUCUCUUCUGUGGUGACAGCUGUAGGAGCUGGCAUGUUAAGCACCCUCAAAACAAAUUCUCGCAUAGGUGAAUGGCUUGGCUACCAAAUUCUCCUAAGUGCAGGGGCCGGACUUGGAGCUCAGAAUGUCAUGUUGGUUCCUCAAGUAGCCAGCGCGCCGACAGACCAGCCUAUAGCCAUCUCGAUUCUUAUCUUCACCCAAACGCUCUCCAGCGCCAUCUUCUUGUCGGUUGCGCAGAACGUUUUCCAAAACCAGCUCAUCCGGAAUCUACACUCCUAUGCUCCUGAUAUCAAUUCCUCCUUCGUCAUUCAAACUGGCGUCACGCUCCUCCGCGAAAAUUUCUCCCCGGAAAAGCUGCCACGGGUUCUCGAGGCGUACAACGAAGCUAUUGUGCAGACAUUCUACGUGGCUGUUGCCAUGGCCGCCGCAUCUAUUCUCGGCCCUGUCUUUAUGAAUUGGCUCUCGCUGAAGACAUCCAAGAAGGUAGAAUCCCAGAACGAAGAGGAGGGUGUCCGAAACGCAGGGACAAAUUCCGGAGAAGAGAAGAUGUCUAAUCACAAAGCCAGUGGUCCUGCCAGCGAGAGUUCACAAGCACUUUAA